GUCACUCAAACGCGUUUCUCUGUAGGCCAUUCGACGGCUCAUGCGCUAGGUUCGCCCAUGGCAGCGUGCGGCUUGCCGCGCGUCGCUGCCGUCUUGCUCGCGGCAGCACCAGCUCUGUCGCGCCCGCUGCCGCCGCCCUCGGCCAACACGGUCGCGCCGGGUGUGCUACGCGCCGAGGCACCGUCGGGCCGGCCACCAGCCGUCGCCGCCACCACACUCGCUGCCCUCGGCUCCGCCGCCCUUGUGCGAGCUGCAUCGCUGACAUAUUAAGCUACGUGUGAGUCACUCUCCGCCCUCGGCGCGACUAGUCAGCAGUAGCGAGUGUGUGCGUCGCUGCUAGAGCCGGCCGAGGCACUCCCGAGGGCUCCUCGCAGCGACUCGAGCGGGUCCGAAUUCACUCGGCGACCGGUAAACUAGCGACGGUGUCACUUUUCAAAGACGUACGUAACACGC